AUGUAUUUGUCAAGAUUCCUGUCGAUUCACGCCCUCUGGGUGACGGUGUCUUCGGUGAUGCAGCCCUACCCGCUGGUGUGGGGACAUUACGAUGUGUGUAAGACUCAGAUUUACACGGAAGAAGGCAAGGUUUGGGAUUACAUGGCCUGUCAGCCGGAAUCCACAGACAUGACCAAGUACCUGAAAGUGAAGCUGGACCCCCCGGACAUCACCUGCGGAGACCCUCCCGAGACGUUCUGUGCGAUGGGCAACCCCUACAUGUGCAAUAACGAGUGUGACGCGAGCACCCCCGAGCUGGCACACCCCCCUGAGCUGAUGUUUGAUUUUGAAGGAAGACACCCCUCCACCUUUUGGCAGUCCGCCACCUGGAAGGACUAUCCCAAGCCUCUCCAGGUUAACAUCACCCUGUCCUGGAGCAAAACCAUCGAGCUCACAGACAACAUCGUCAUCACCUUCGAGUCGGGGCGUCCGGACCAAAUGAUCCUGGAGAAGUCCCUCGAUUAUGGGCGAACAUGGCAGCCCUACCAGUACUACGCCACAGACUGCUUGGAUGCCUUCCACAUGGACCCCAAAUCCGUGAAGGAUCUCUCCCAGCACACGGUCUUAGAGAUCAUUUGCACCGAAGAAUACUCCACAGGGUAUAUGACCAACAGCAAAAUAAUCCACUUUGAGAUCAAAGACAGGUUCGCGUUUUUUGCGGGGCCGUGGCUACGCAAUAUGGCUUCUCUGUACGGGCAGCUGGAUACAACCAAGAAGCUCCGAGAUUUCUUCACAGUCACAGACCUGAGGAUCCGGCUUUUGAGACCCGCCGUCGGGGAAAUAUAUGUAGAUGAGCUCCACCUGGCGCGCUACUUCUACGCGAUCUCAGACAUAAAGGUGCAUGGGAGGUGCAAAUGUAACCUCCAUGCCACUGUGUGUGUGUACGACAACAGCAAACUGACCUGUGAGUGUGAGCACAACACGACAGGCCCGGACUGUGGGAAGUGCAAGAAGAACUACCAGGGCCGACCGUGGAGCCCCGGCUCGUACCUCCCCAUCCCCAAGGGCACCGCAAACACCUGUAUCCCCAGUAUUUCCAGUAUUGGUAAUCCUUCAAAGUUUAAUAGGAUAUGGCCGAAUAUUUCUUCCCUUGAGGUUUCUAACCCAAAACAAGUUGCUCCCAAAGUAGCUUUGUCAACAGUUUCUUCUGUUCAAGUUGCAAACCACAAGAGAGCCAAUGUCUGCGACAACGAGCUUCUUCACUGCCAGAAUGGAGGGACGUGUCACAACAACGUGCGCUGCCUGUGCCCCGCCGCCUACACGGGCGUCCUGUGCGAGAAGCUGCGGUGCGAGGAGGCCGGCGGCUGCGGGUCGGGCUCGGGCCCGGGCGCGUCCCCGCUCCGCCGCCCGGCGCUGCUGGUGACCGCGCUGCUGGCCACCGCCGGCCCCCUGGUGAUCUAG